AUGGAAAAUGAUCCUCCAACCCCCAAGUCCCCUCAAAGCAUCAGCUGGCUCUCCGAACGAACCCUCUCGGUUUCCACCGCCUCCUCAACCACAACCCUAGCAGACUCUCUAAGCCCAAUGAACUUCUCCUCCCCAAGCCUAACACCACUAGACUUCACCGAAUCCCCUUUCCCAAUUGAAUAUCCCAAGGUCCCCUUGCGAGAAAGCCCCAACUUCCACCCCCAUUUCCUACCCCUACUACGCCAUCUCUCCUCGCACCUCUAUCCCCUUGUCAACUGCGAAACAGGCCUCGAACAUCCGGACUUCCCACCAAACAUGCUGGCUUACAACCUUCUGACCUCGGAGCAAGCCGAUAACCUUGCCCGUCAUUUCCAUCAGAUCUACCCGCCUGUUCCCGCUACGUUUAAUUACCCUGUUUAUAUUACCCCGUGGAUUGGCACAGCAGAGGAGAAGACUAUUGAUCUCCCUACGAGGAUAAAGAGGUUGGGGAGGUUUUUUGGAUUGAGGGGGUGCGAGGAGGAUGUGGAUGUGGAUGUGGAUAUGGAUAUGGAUAUGGACAGUUCUGAGCAUGGAAAUGAGAGUGAGGAUGAGAAUGGGGAGAAUAUGAGUGAAGCUGAAGCUGAGGUAUUACGCCAAAUGGAGUUGGAGUGGCAGCAAGCAUUACAGAGGGCGUAUGCUGAGGAGUCACAUCGGUGGAACUUGAAGUAA